AUGACCAGUCUGGUAGGGAAGCUAGACCCUCGGAGGGUACAAUGGCGCUCCACAUGGAACACCUUUACGUCCCGUGUCCUGAGGACCAAACCUGUGGAGUCCAUGUUGGAUUCGGCCAUGACGGGCACCAGCUCCCAUGGGACCAGACUGGCCCGGGUCCUAUCCACAGUGGACCUGGUGUCGCUGGGCGUGGGCAGCUGCGUCGGGACAGGGAUGUAUGUGGUCUCGGGGCUGGUUGCCAAGGAGAUGGCCGGUCCGGGCGUCAUUGUGUCCUUCAUUAUCGCCGCUGUGGCCUCCAUUCUGUCAGGAGUGUGUUAUGCAGAGUUUGGCGUUCGGGUGCCUAAGACCACCGGUUCGGCCUACACGUACAGCUACGUGACCGUGGGCGAGUGUGUUGCGUUUUUCAUCGGCUGGAACUUGAUUCUGGAGUAUCUGAUCGGCACAGCGGCGGGGGCGUCGGCUCUCAGCAGCAUGGCGGACUCACUGGCCAAUCACAGCAUCAGCAACUUUAUGAUUACACACAUCGGAACGCUCAAGGGCUUGGGUAAAGGGGAGCAGUCGUACCCAGACCUGCUGGCGCUGCUGAUAGCACUGCUGGUGACCGUGAUAGUAGCUUUGGGAGUGAAGAACUCUGUGGGCUUCAACAACGUGCUGAACGUCAUCAACCUCAUAGUGUGGGUGUUCAUGAUGAUCGCCGGGCUCUUCUUCGUCAACGGAGAGAACUGGGACGAGGGGAGGUUCCUGCCCUUUGGCUGGUCGGGGGUGAUGCAGGGUGCAGCUACCUGUUUUUAUGCCUUCAUUGGAUUUGACAUCAUCGCUACAACAGGAGAGGAGGCCAAGAGUCCCAACACCUCCAUCCCCUAUGCAAUCACUGCCUCACUCAUCACCUGCCUCACUGCCUACGUCUCUGUUUCUGUGAUCCUGACUCUGAUGGUGCCGUAUCAUGAGAUUGACGCAGACGCCCCGCUCAUGGAGAUGUUUGCCAUGCAUGGCUGUAUGUUCGCAAAGUAUAUUGUGGCAGUGGGCUCCAUAGCGGGACUCACCGUUUCCCUCCUGGGCUCCCUGUUCCCCAUGCCAAGGGUCAUUUAUGCCAUGGCAGGGGACGGCCUGCUGUUUAAGUUCCUGGCCAAUGUGUCUUCCUACACAGAGACACCUGCUGUUGCCUGUGUGGUGUCGGGCUUUCUAGCUGCCCUCCUGUCCCUCUUGGUCAGCCUCAGAGACCUCAUAGAGAUGAUGUCCAUAGGAACCCUGCUGGCCUACACCCUGGUAAGCCUGUGUGUACUCCUGUUGCGUUACCAACCCGAAGGCGAUAUCCACGGCUUUGUGAACUUCCUCUCCGAGGAGCAGAACAACAAGAGAAAGGAGGGCGUUCUGGCCGAGUGCGAGAAAGAAGCCUGUUCACCAACCAGCGAAGCGGAUGAGUAUGGGGGUCCGGCUACAAACACCUGUGGAGCCAAAAACCUGCCGUCACUGGGUGACAAUGAGAUGCUGAUAGGAAAACCAGAUAAAACCACCUACACUGCCAGCCACCCAAACUAUGGCACAGUGGAUAUGACUAGUGGCAUCGAGGCAGAAGAGUCAGAGGGCGGGAUGUCCCGGCGGUUGAAGAAGCUCAUUGGACCGCGCUACUACACCUUGAGGAUCAGAUUGGGCCUGCCGGGAAAGAUGGACAGGCCUACUCCAGCCACGGGGAAAACUGUCACUGUGUGUGUGCUGCUCCUCUUCAUUUCCAUCUUUGCUUUCUGCUCCUUCAUCAUUUUUGGUGCAAGCAGUAUUGGGGAGGGUCACUGGUGGGCUUUGCUGCUAUUGGUCUUCUUCAUCAUCUUCCUGGCCCUGCUUGUCAUCAUCAUCCUCCAGCAGCCAGAGAACCCUAAGCGGCUGCCCUACAUGGCGCCCUGUGUGCCCUUUGUACCUGCUUCAGCCAUGCUGGUCAACAUCUACCUCAUGCUUAAACUGUCUGCCAUCACCUGGAUACGAUUUUCAAUCUGGUGCAUCGUGGGUGUUCUCAUCUACUUUGGCUAUGGCAUGUGGCAUAGUACGCUAGAGAUCACGGCUAGAGAGAACGAGGUGCACGCCUCCACCUACCAGCGCUACGAUCAAGGCGUGGAUGAAGGCUUCUGCGGCUUCGACGAUGAUUUCUACCCGCCUACUACUGACGCCUGGGGUGCGCCGGAGGGGGGAUCAGGGCUCACCCCGCCCGCCAAGGUGAAACCCGGAAGUGACGGGGCACCAUCUAAAGGUGGAGGCAGUAAAAUUGCCAAUCCAGGCCUCGCAGAAGAGGAUCCGAUGGAUUUCUGAAGGGACUGACUCUGUGUUACCCUGAAUGUACUGCCUUGUCUGCUGCCUGGGGAAAGGGAGGGGGAACAGGUGUGUGUGUGUGUGUGUGUGAGUGUGUUUGUGUGUGUCUGUCCAACCCUUGGGCCAGACAGUUUCUUGGCCGUGGAACGGCUUUUCCUUCACCUUACUCUGCCGUGCUUGGCUCCCCAGCUCACACAGCAAAUGAUGAAGUUAGGGUCAAGUGUCUUGUCACAGUCACUUGUUAUUCACUUACUGGACUCCACAUCUCACCCAAACAAGGGAUAGAAAAGUGCUGAUGUAGCUGGAGAUAAAAUAUGAUGGGGUUCGUUGCACUGUGAACAAUGAAACAUUGUUUAUUGAGCAAUCUGUGAACUCUAUUUCUAAGAAUUUACGGGAUAUACAGUAGGUGGGGAGAAGGUGAUGAGUAUAGGACAGAUGGAUCAGCACCUCCCUUCCCGUUUCAACACAGACAGGAAAGCUAGAUGACAGCAUGCCAAGCUCAAGCUAUUUCCCGACGACAGGUCUGACUUACUCUGCUCAUUUUCUUUUUCAACAGACAGGAAAACUCAUACAUGUGCUCUUAAAAAACGCAAAGAAAUUGCUUAAAAAUCAAAAACUGCUUUGUCUUUAAACAUUCCCCCCGGCCCCCUAACAUCUAGCCCAAGGGAUUUAGGACUGGAUUGGGAAGAGGUUGUUGAUGUUUCCUGUCACAAUAGUACUUGGACUUUGCUUGCUAUAGUGCCUUCAUCUACUGUAUGUGUAAGUGAAUUUCUGAUUGUGUCUGUUUUCUACUUUAAUUUUGCUUGUAUAUGAGGGUGUAUGUGCAAUCAAACUCCACCUUUUACAUCAGUGUGUGUGUGUGUGUGUGUGUUGGUUCUUGGGUUGUUUUAAUGUGUUUUUGUAGGUAUUGUUUUGUCCUUCCCACUCUUUGCCCCAGCAUGACACUUAAAAUCAAUCCGCCCGCGACAAAGCAGAUUAUGGUGCAUUAUAACACGUGCUUGAGACGCAAGAGAAAAGAGGGGGCAACAGACAUAAAAAGAGAACAGGUUGAAUCCUAACUGACUUAAACCGACUUGGUUUAUUAUGAUACAUGUCAUAGUUUCUUUGUGCUUGUCUCUCCGUUGAUGUUGUUCUCGCAGUUUACCAUACCUGGGAAGGAAUUCAUUUUCAGUUCAUUCAAUUCAAGACAUGGUAUUU